UCCUGGGGCCCCAUGGUUGCUCACAAAGAUCCCUCCACAUUCAGGGAGGACGGUGCAUGAGGGGGGUUUUUUCCAUCUCCUUUCAAAGCCACCGCUCUGCAAUAUGGGCCUGAGCUCUUCCAAGGCGCACCCCAAGGUGACCAAGGUGGCACCCAUGCGUCCCAGGGAGGACCUGCCUGCUCUCACCACCCCAUAUGGGCUCCCCAGUGUGCCAGGACAGCCCAGCCUGCACCCACCGGCCACCAUGGAGUGGGGAAACCCCACCUUUCACCAGCAACUUCCACCUCUCCGGGAGACCUGGUACGGGAGAGCCUCUGCAGGGCCCCUUUCUUUCAACACCGUGCCAGAAAAGGGAGAAACCAGCAUCAUUAAACAGCACCCGCCUCGAAGACCUCAAAGGCUUGAACCUGCUGGCCCUUCGCAAGCAAUCACUCCUGCAGAGCCCUGGAGUCAGCAAGAGGUGGCUACAAGCCCCAAAACGAAGGCUCUGGAGAAGAGGGGGCAAAGCCUGAGACACCUCCCUGGCAGGCGGCAGCACUUGCACAAGCUGCAGAUGCUGGACUUGACCCGCAGGCGCCGAGAGGCAGAGCUGAAGCGAAAUCUCCACAGGGAGGCAAAAAUCAAUAAACAAAAAAUCAAGGAAUUCAGCCCAAAGAAAGUCCUUGACACACUCCAGAGAGGCGACAGCGCCGAAAGCCGAGACCUCGUCCCUGCUGAGCACAAUCAGCGUUUUCAUGGAGAUGACUGUGGAAACCCAUGGGGUGAAGGACUCUCCAGGCAGCAUGAUGAGGCUGAACUUUCUCCAGGCAGAAGAGGGAAGGUGGACCUGUGGUUCUGCAGGGAGCCGCAGACGAGGGAUCUGUUCUGGGACACUUCCAGCUCUGAGGAGUGGGAAAGGGAGGAGAGGAUCUACCGCAAACCUACGCUUGUGAGAACAAAGACAGAGAGAGUUUCUCUCUUCGAUGACUUCUUUGAUAAGGAUUUCUAGUGGCAUGGCUUGGGGUGAGAGGGACGUGCUGAAGGAGCAAGCCACAGCUCUGGUGGGGCUGAACCUCCCCCUGGAUGGAUGGACCACGGGUGGAGACACGAUGUUCGCAGUAAGCACACUUCUGGGAGCACAGGCUGGUGGAAAGGACAGCUGGAAAUGAGGAGAUCACUGGUGUGGAGUGAAUAAUGACUGUCUGGGUUGUGUGGCUGAACCAAAAUAUCUGGGGAAAAAAAUGGCUUGGGCAGAGCAACAACGAAGUGGGGGUAGAGGGAAGAGGAGGAGGCUGGCAAAAUAACCAAGCAGAAGCUGGAAAAUAUUCUGAGUUAACCCCAACUAUUAAGUUCCAACAGAAAUGAAAUGUUUUGCUUGCCUCUGGGUUACGCAACCUUUCUGUUUAACUUGUUUUCAACCUUAUAUCCUUGUCUAAACCACAAAACCCCAGUUCAAAAUGCAAGGUAAAAUGAUUCAUUUAGGAAUUCUUUAAAACAAAUAUUCUGUCCUUUCUAAAAUUCCUUUUUGACCUUUUUUUGGAAUUCCCUCUCCUUCCUUCCCCCGGACACAGUAAUACACAUACUUUCUCCAGUACUAACCUCCAAUUUUAUGGAUGAACUUCUGAAAAAGCUGGCUUUUGUUCACUUACUUCCUCUGCUCAGGGUUCAGCGCUGUGCAGUGAGUGGUAGAAACUGAGGGAUCUCCAGCAUCUCCUGCAGGCACAGACCCCAGUGGUGUUGGUCAAGACUGUUGCAUCCGCCAAGAUUUUGAACAAGCUGCCCUGUUGCAACCUGACGUUUCCAAGUAUAUUGAAAAAAGAUUGUUAUAUGAAGUAUAUCAGGCCUAUCAAAGAGAUCCUUGCAGUUCCCAUCUCUCCUAAAGUGUAUUUUUUUCCCAUAAAAUUAUCUAUUUUCCUUAUAAAACCAUUUGUUAUCUGAGAGAAAACUUCA